AUGGAGGAUCUCCCAGACCACCAUGCACAUGAUGAUGUACCUGGAACUAUUCUCCUCAUUGACACAGCCCAUGAUAGCAAUGUAUCUGCUCAAAGGAAAGGAAUAGUUCUACAACCACAGCCCAGUACAGAUCCAAAUGAUCCCCUCAACCGAUCACAACGAUGGAAGAAUCUCAAUAUCGGCAUGGUAUGUUUGUACACCUUUGCUAUUGGAAUAUGCACAGCAGCACAGUUUUCCAUCAUGACACAAAUAUCCGAAUCGCAACGAGUCAGUCUUGCAGAUCUCAAUCUGGGCACUGGAUUGAUGCAGUUGAUGCAAGGAUGGGCAAAUCUCUUAUGGCAGCCCAUCGCCAUGACCUACGGCCGCAGAUUGGUCUACCUUGUGACCAUUGUAUUCUCCAUCGGACCAGUUCUAUGGGUGCCACUGGCUCAUGGCGCCAGCCAAUGGUACGCACACCGCGUUCUCCUGGGAUUAUUUUGUUCGUCCGUGGAGUCUUUACCGGAAUUGUCCGUCCAGGAUCUCUUCUUCGCCCAUGAGCGAGGAAACUAUAUGGCCCUGUAUACUUUUGUAUUGUUCGGAUCAAACUUUAUUGCUCCCUUUCUCGCUGGGUUCAUAGCGGAUGGCCUAGGCUGGCAAUGGGUCAUGUACCUUGCUACAAUAUUUUUGGGCAUCUGCGCACUGAUACUAUUCUUUUUCAUGGAGGACACAAUCUACUUUCGCAAAACAACCGAGAGCGGGGACCAGCGAUAUGAAAUUAUCCCGCCGGAUGACAAUGAAGAGUUAGGAUCCACCAGUGCGGACCGACCCGAGACUCGACCAGUCACAAUGUUAGGUGAAACUGGAAUGGCCACUGAUCUGAAGCCUCGCCGGCAGAGGCUAGCAUUGACCACAAUCUUACCAGGCCGUCCAACUCAUAAGCAAAUGGCACUGAAGAGCUGGCAGGCAUUGAAAAUCCCUUUCUUCUUUCCUAAUAUUCUCUGGUGUGGUCUCUUAUACGGAUCAAACCUAGCCCUUUACAGCGUGAUUAACGCGACAAUCUCGAGUAUCCUGGGAUCAAGUCCCUACAACCUCCCUCCGACAAUGGUCGGUGUUGCUUAUCUGUCCCCGUUCGUCUUCGGUGGCGCUGCAUCCGUUUGGGCGGGAAAGAUGUCAGAUUCUCUCGCGAUCAAACUGGCAAGGCGUAAUGGAGGUGUCCGAGAACCAGAACAUAGGCUGUGGGGCCUUCUCGUGUCCGCACCUAUCGCUGCAGGGGGGCUGCUCAUGUGGGGAGUAGGGGCUAGUCAAGGGGCCCACUACAUGGUUUUGAUCCUCGGGAUUGGUAUCACCACCUUUGGAGUCGUUUGUGCGAGUGCAAUCUCAUUGGCGUACGCUGUCGAUUGUUUCAAAGAAAUGGCUGGUGAAUCCUUCGUUUCCAUCAAUAUCAUCCGGAAUACAAUAGGAUUUAGCUUCAGCUAUGCCAUCACGCCUUGGAUCGAGUCUGUGGGUCUUCGAAACUGCUUUAUCUCAGUGUCUCUGAUCUCAUUCUUUUGCACGUAUACAUUCCUUGGUGUGGUUAUCUGGGGAAAGUCAUGGCGGAGGAUGUCUGCGGAGCGAUAUUGGCAAUUCGUUGCUACGGAAAAAGAGACGGCUCGUGCCUAG